GGCGGGCGGGGAGAGGUGGGCGCGGAGACCCGAGCUCCGGGCGCGCAGCGGGGCGGGAGGCGGGCCGCGCACGGGAGCCGGGGCCUCAGGCAGCCUGUCGCCUACGCUCCUCCGCUGCUCCGCUCCUCCGCUCCUCCGUCCUCCGCGUGUGCCCGCCAAGCAUCCUUCUUCCCGACCCUCCCGAAAGGCGGCGCCGAAGACCCGACCCAUCCGGACCGCAAAUCCCGAAACCUACGCGCUUCCUCGGCGGGGGAAGCCUGACGCGCGGUUACGGCGAGCUUUGGGGCGACUUGCUUUUCUCACCUCCAAAACUGCCAUUUCCCUCUCUCUCAAAGCCAGACGUUACGUUUGCAAAGCUAUUGGACUUUAAUCUUUAAAACAAUACCCCCGCAGGGCGUGGCUAGCGGGGCUGGCCGAGCGGCCCAGGAAAGUUGGCCUGGGCUGGGAGUGACUCGUUUUGUGCCUGAAGAGAGAGAGGAAGAGUGUGAGGGCAUCGCAUCCUCGGGAGGAGAUGCUUUUGAAACACCAUCCGUUAGCAGCCAUACAAACACUUUCCUGUUGCUUUGUUUUGUUUAUACACUGAGUAGCUUUUCGGUGAAAUGCUAUUUUGGUUACAGGAAGAAAUGGCCCCCCAGGAGCUCAGCCGGCGACUGGCCACAGUGAUCACUCAUGUCGAUGAAAUCAUGCAACAGGAAAUCAGACCUUUGGUGGCAGUGGAUAUAAUUGAACAACUUCACAGACAGUUUGCCAUUCUCUCAGGAGGCCGAGGGAAAGACGGUGCCCCCAUCAUCACUUUUCCAGAGUUUGUGGGGUUCAAACACAUCCCAGAGGAAGACUUCCUGAAUGUCAUGACUUACCUGACUAGCAUACCCAGUGUGGAGGCUGCCAGCAUUGGAUUCGUCAUUGUUAUUGACCGACGAAGGGACAAGUGGAGCUCCAUAAAAGCAUCAUUGACACGAAUAGCUGUAGCAUUUCCAGGAAAUUUGCAGCUUAUAUUCAUCCUUCGUCCAUCUCGCUUUAUCCAGAGGACAUUCACUGACAUUGGCAUUAAGUAUUAUCGAGAUGAAUUUAAAAUGAAAGUGCCGAUCAUUAUGUUAAACUCUGUCUCUGACCUUCAUGGCUACAUUGACAAAAGCCAACUGACAGAAGACUUAGGGGGAACUUUGGAAUAUCGCCAUAGUCAGUGGAUAAAUCAUCGAACUGCCAUUGAAAACUUUGCCGUGACAUUGAAGACCACUGCCCAGAUGCUCCAGAUGUUUGGGGCCUGCCUAGCCACAACAGAGCUUCCCAGGGGCGUGCUGUCCACUGAAGACCUCCUCAUGUCCCACACAGGGCAGCGGGACAAGCUGCAGGAUGAGCUGAAAUUACUUGGAAAGCAAGGGGCCACAUUGCUGUCAUGCAUUCAAGAACCAGCAACCAAAAGUCCCACCAGAAAACUCAAUCCCAAUCAGCUAGAGAAUGUAGCAACCAUGGAAAGGUUAUUACUUCAAUUGGAUGAGACAGAAAAAGCCUUUAAUCAGUUUUGGUCCGAGCAUCACUUGAAGCUUAAUCAAUGCCUACAACUACAACACUUUGAGCACAAUUUUCGUGAGGUUAAGCGUGCCCUGGACAAUUUGUUGGCAGAGCAAGCAGAGUUUACAGACAUCGGAGACAGUGUGAUACGUGUGGAGCAACUUCUUAAGGAACACAAAAAACUGGAAGGAAAAGGCCAGGAGCCCUUGGAAAAGGCCCAGCUGCUUGCAGUAAUUGGGGACCAGCUCAUCCAAAGCCACCACUAUGCAGCAGACUCCAUCAGACCCAGGUGUGUAGAGCUCAGGCACCUCUGCGAUGACUUCAUCAAUGAAAACAAGAAAAAAUAUGACAUUUUAGAAAAGUCCUUGGAGUUGCAUAGACAACUGGACAAGGUCAGCCAAUGGUGUGAAGCAGGAAUCUACCUUUUGGCUUCCCAAGCUGUAGACAAGUGCCAGUCACGAGAGGGAGUUGACGUUGCCUUGAACGACAUUGAGGCAUUCCUGGGCACCGCGAAGGAGUACCACUUGCCCAGCCACAUGGAGUUUUACAGCCAGUUCGAGUUGAUACUCACCCUUGACCUAAAGGCCAAAGCCCAGGAAGUCCUGCAGAAGCUGGGUGAUGUGCAGGAAAUAUUUCACAAGAGGCAAAUGAGUCUGAUGAAACUGGCAGCCAGACAGACUCGCCCGGUGCAACCCGUGGCCCCUCAUCCUGAGUCCUCCCCAAAAUGGGUGUCACCGAAAACCAGCCAGCCCUCCACCUUGGCUCCUCUUCAGAGAACAUCUGAGGAACCUUGUACAGGGACAGUAGAAAAAGAUGAUAAAACUAAACUUGAAGUUAAGAAUGAAGAAAUACUGGAAAGCAGUCACGAUGGGGCAAACCCUGAGCCAGAGCAGCUUGACGGCCCUGCACAUCUUUCCCCCUCCGGACGCAUUAUACGUGACUUGCUUGAGACCGAAGAGAUUUAUAUAAAAGAAAUUAAGAGCAUAAUUGAUGGAUAUAUCACUCCAAUGGAUUUUAUUUGGCUGAAGCAUCUGAUUCCAGAUGUUCUUCAGAAUAACAAGGAGCUUCUCUUUGGGAAUAUUAGAGAACUUUAUGAAUUUCACAACAGGACUUUUCUAAAAGAAUUGGAAAAGUGCACCGAAAACCCUGCACUUCUGGCGCGUUGCUUUCUCAAGAGAAAAGAAGAUCUUCAAAUGUAUUUUAAAUACCAUAAGAAUCUGCCCCGAGCUAGGGCAAUCUGGCAAGAAUGUCAAGACUGCGCCUUCUUUGGGGUGUGCCAGCGCCAAUUGGAUCACAAUAUCCCUCUUUUUAAGUAUCUUAGAGGACCAAGCCAGAGGCUUCUAAAAUACCAGACGCUGUUAAAGGGUCUGCUGGACUUUGAGACUCCUAAGGAUUGGGAGAUAGACCCAGGAGACCAGGAAGGAGGUUCGGCUAAGAAUGGGCCAAAGAGGACCAAGGAUUCAGCAUUCUUAGCUGAACUACAACAAGCUUUGGCCAUGAUGGAGGAUUUGAUCAAGUCCUGUGAGUUGGCCGUGGACCUGGCAGCAGUCACUGGAUGUCCGGAUGACAUCAGGAAACUGGGCAAGCUGUUGAUGCAUGGUUCUUUCAGUGUCUGGACAGUUCACAAGGAUCGUUAUAAAAUGAAGGAUUUUAUUCGAUUUAAGCCCAGCCAGAGGCAAAUCUAUCUUUUUGAAAGAGGAAUCGUGUUCUGUAAGAUACGAAUGGAGCCCAGUGACCAGGGCCUAUCUCCUCAUUACAGCUUUAAGAAAUCCAUGAAGCUGAAGACACUUUCAGUUCGCCAGCUUGGAAGGGGGAGCAACAGAAAGUUUGAAGUUGCCAACCGAAAUGGACUUGAGAAAUACAUCCUGCAGGCAACUUCAAAGGAAAUCAGAGAUUGUUGGUUUUCAGAAAUAAGUAAAUUACUAAUGGAACAGCAAAACAAUAUUAAAGGCUGCUCCAGCAAGGAGUUUACCUCCAUGGAAACCUUUGACCAUCCCGAAGGUGCAGAAGAUAUGGAAAAGAACAGUGCUCUGAGUCUGUCCGGACUCUUCCAGUUGGACGACAGUUAUGAAACGUGUUCCUCCAAAUCUGUCCUGGAAACGGGAGAAAGCGUCCAGGGGAAAAAGGAAAGCGGCGAUGAGGACGUUUGAGUGUGAAAGAGAAAGAACAAACAGUAAGCGAAUCUGUUAGCCGUUGCUCCUCUGACUUUCUUCUUGGAAUUUUAGGCCAACAAACACAACUAAGGAGAGCGCUGCGGUGCCCGCUGCCUUGCUCGGCCCUGCGGGGGACGCGACUAGUUUCCGGGCGAAAGCAGAGCAGGCGAGGGAAGGAUGCCUGCGCACCCCCUCCCCCGAGAACUGACACUGGUUCUAGAACACCGCGGCUCCCCCGCUCGGCCGGGCCUCCCCACGCCGCCUCCAUUCCGGGCCCGGCCUGCU